UGGGAAGAGGAGAGAAAUCUUGGAGCAUCGCUAGUGCUUACAGGUCUAAAGCAAAUGAGCACUGUGGGUUUUAGCUCCCAGCUGUAUGGCUAUGCAUUCCUUGGGAAAGUGGAGUUGAAUAAAGGGUUAAGAGCUGUCUACAAUCUAAUGCCACUGAUGUGGACACCUGGAUACUUGAACAGAGCCUUGCAAGUAAUGGAGAAUGUGGCUUCAUUGUCAGGGGACGGCAAAAUCUGCAAAGAAGCUGUGGAUGCUCUGGAGACCAUUUUUCAGUCUGCCCUUGAAGCAAAGCCUGGUCCAGAAUCAGCUGAAGAAGGCAAGGAAUUGGAGCAGAAGUCAGAAUAUGCAGAAUCAGAAGAAACUGAGCAGUCUAAAGCACCCGAGUACUACAGCCGAUUCAAGGAGCUGUACUCCAAGCUGCAUUCGCUUGGCAAGGUUGAGUCUGAAAGCCUGUUAACCCUGACCGCCCAACUGGUCAAGGAGAAGCUGCCAGCAUGUGAAGUGGAAGACAUUGCAAAACACGAGCAGAAGCUAAAGGAGUGGGAACAAGAACAAGCACUUCUCACUGAGAGAGAGAGAGAGUUGAGAGAAAAGGCUAAGCAGGAAAUGGAAGCUAGGAAGCUAGCUGAAGCAUCUGCUUAGCACUGCAGCUCAGAGACUACGGGAGCGGCAUGCCUUCCUCUGUCAGUGGACGGAAGUGCUCACGGUUUCUGAUCUUUCACUUCGAUCCUGCUGCAAGUGUGACUGUACAUGUCUGCUAUAUGCAAAUUAAACUUUUCCCAUU